AUGGCGUCUGGCGCAGCUUACUUUUCGCGCGGGGCGAGCCCGCCGCCGUUUCUCGGCGCGGGCGUCGAAUGGGCGUCGAAUUUGGACUUCUUUCAGUGCGCGUUUCUGUCGGCGUCGGUGCUUGGAAUCGUUUUAGCGUUCUUCAGCGACGAAGUCAGCGCGGGCUCGCUGCGGUGGAGUUGGAUCGCCACGCAGUUGCUACCCAUCACGCGCGCCUCGUCGCAGCUCGCAUACAAAGAUGUCGAGAGCGCGCUGGCGAAGGCUGCGAAGCGCCGGGCGGGCGGCCGGCAGGCGCUGCAGGACUUCCUCGCCGCGCUGCAGGAAGGAACCGCGCUCGAGUUGCUCUCCAAGUGGCUGCAUGCGGCACUGGACCGCGCCUCCUUUCUCUGGACGGCGCUCAAGAUUAAGUACACCGCCGGCAGCAAGCGCCAGUUCUUCUACCAGAUGCAGAAGGUGCAACUCAAACUCGAAAUCAAACCUGGCGAGACCGAGAUGCAGUCCUACAACGACGCGAAACGCUACAUGAAGUCCAAGGACCUAUGGCCCUUUGCCUACGAAGUCACAAACGUCAAGGACACGCAAGUCGUCUGCGAGGGCGUCCGCGCGUACCCCAUGAGCUCCUACAGCUACCUCGACUUCGUCAGAGAGCCGCUGGUUCAAGAAGCAGCGUUGGCUGCGGGUCGGACGUGGUCGACUGGCAACCACGGCGCACGCAUGCUUGGCGGCAACGCGCGCAUUUUGCGUGAUUUGGAGAAGAUUGUGGGUCGAUUCUUUGGUCGCGAAGACUCGCUGUUGUGCGCCACGGGGUUUUUGGCGACGAUGAGUUCGAUUUGCGCGGUUGCGAAAGAGAACGACCUGGUCGUGGGCGACAGCCGCGCGCACGCGAGUCUGCGCUCGGGGAUGAAGUUGUGCGGCGCGAAGGAGAUGUUUUUCCGCCACAACAACUGGCACCAUCUGCAACAGAUCCUGGCGAAGCACCGCAAGAAACACCGCAACUGCUGGAUCAUUAUUGAGUCGGUCUACUCGAUGGACGGCGACAUCGCGGACUUGCCGACGGUGCGGCGCUUGGCAGACCAGUACGACUGCCGCAUCAUUCUCGACGAGGCGCACGGCCUGGGGGUGCUGGGCAAGACCGGCCGCGGGCUGGAGGAGCAUUUCAACAUGCCCGGCGCGGCGGAUGUGAUUGUCGGCACGUUCAGCAAGUCGAUCGGCGGCAUUGGCGGCUACAUCACCGGCGACAAAGAGUUGGUGGACUUCCUUGACUUCCACGCGCCGGGCAGCGUCUUCUCCGCGCCGCUCACCGCCUACUCGGCCGGCGGGGCGAUGAUGGCUUUUGAGCUGAUGCAGGGCGAACAGAGCUGGCGCAUCGCGAAGGCGCAAGAGAACGCCAAGUACCUCCGCCGCGCGCUGGUCACCGGCAACGGCCACUGGCCGAAGGACUACCCGGCGGAGCGCAAGUACGAAGUCGAGGGCGUCGAGUGCACCACCGUGUUGCCGGUUGUCUUUCCGAACGACGGCGACCGCGUGUUUCGCGUCUCGCAGGCGCUGCUGAAGCGCGGCUGGAUGGUUGCCGCCGCAGCCUAUCCAGCCUGCCCGCUGGCGCGCCCGCGCAUCCGCUUGACGGCGACGGCGGCGUACUCGAGGAAGAUGAUGGACGACUUCGUGAAGAGCCUCGUCGAGGUGACCGUGGAGUGUCUGCCUACCGACAUGCUGCGCUGA